AUGUUCUCUUCCGCUGACAACAGCUUGCGCGAACGACAGAUGAAGAUCCGGAGGAAGAAGAAUGUCAAGAAGGGUGUUCUCUUCUCACUGAUGGUGUGCGGUGCGAGUGGUACAGGCCGAACAACCUUCGUCAACACCCUCUGCGGAAAGCAGGUCCUGAAGUCUAAAGACUCCGAUGAUGCGGCCAAUGCGCACCUCGAGGAAGGUGUCAGGAUCAAGCCUGUCACAGUUGAGCUCGAGCUUGAUGAAGAAGGCACUCGUGUCUCCCUGACCAUCGUCGAUACCCCGGGUUUCGGUGACCAGAUUGACAAUGAAUCGGCCUUCGGCGAAAUCGUGGGCUAUCUCGAGCGCCAAUACGAUGACAUUCUUGCCGAGGAGUCUCGUAUCAAGCGUAACCCCCGCUUCCGUGACAAUCGUGUCCACGCCCUCCUCUACUUCAUUACCCCGACCGGCCACGGCCUCAGAGAACUCGAUAUUGAGCUUAUGAAGCGUCUGUCUCCCCGCGUCAACGUCAUCCCUGUCGUUGGCAAGGCCGACUCCCUCACCCCAGCUGAGCUGGCAGAAUCGAAGAAGCUGGUCAUGGAAGACAUUGAACAUUACAGAAUACCCGUGUAUAACUUUCCCUACGAUAUCGAAGAAGAUGAUGAGGAUACCGUUGAAGAGAACGCGGAGCUCCGGGGACUGAUGCCAUUUGCUAUCGUUGGUUCCGAGGACGUUCUGGAGAUUGGUGGCCGCCGAGUGCGGGCUCGGCAAUACCCCUGGGGUGUUGUCGAAGUCGAGAACCCAAGACACUCCGACUUCCUGGCCAUUCGGAGUGCAUUGCUCCACUCCCAUCUGGCCGAUCUCAAGGAGAUCACUCACGACUUCCUGUACGAGAACUACCGUACUGAGAAGCUCUCCAAGAGCGUGGAUGGUGGAGUUGGAAAUGCACAAGAUUCGUCCAUCAACCCCGAAGACCUCGCCAACCAGUCUGUUCGGCUCAAGGAAGAACAACUGCGUCGGGAGGAGGAGAAGCUCCGCGAGAUCGAGGUCAAGGUACAGCGCGAGAUCAACGAGAAGCGACAAGAGCUUUUGGCCCGCGAGAGCCAGCUACGCGAGAUCGAAGCCCGCAUGCAGCGCGAACAAAGCCAUGCCGACGAUCUCAACGGCCAGGCCGAGUAG